CUCACUUUCAAAGCCAAUAGGCCAAACUCUCUCUCUCUCUCUCUCUCUCUCUCUCUCUCUCUGUGUUAAGGGAACUUCUUGUUGUUUGUCUUCUGAGAAGCUCAUUUAAGCGCAAUUGUCGAUCAUGGUAAAGGACAUUACAGAACAAGGAUCAUUCUCUGCCAAGGACUACCAUGACCCACCACCAGCUCCAUUGAUUGAUGCGGUGGAGCUAACCAAGUGGUCAUUUUACAGGGCUCUGAUUGCUGAAUUUAUAGCAACUUUGCUCUUCCUUUACAUCACUGUUUUGACUGUAAUUGGAUACAAGAGCCAGACUGAUCCUGCCAAGACUCAUGACGCUUGUGGUGGUGUUGGAAUUCUUGGCAUCGCUUGGGCUUUCGGUGGCAUGAUCUUUAUUCUUGUUUACUGCACUGCUGGUAUUUCAGGAGGGCACAUUAACCCAGCAGUGACAUUCGGGCUGUUCCUGGCCCGAAAGAUCUCAUUGGUGCGGGCCGUGAUGUACAUGGUGGCUCAGUGCUUAGGAGCCAUAGCCGGUGUCGGAUUGGUGAAGGCCUUCCAGAGUUCCCACUAUAAGAGGUAUGGUGGUGGGGCCAACAGUCUGGCUAAUGGGUACAGCACAGGCGUUGGAUUGGGUGCCGAGAUCAUCGGUACUUUUGUUUUGGUCUACACAGUGUUCUCCGCCACAGACCCAAAGAGGAGUGCCAGAGACUCGCAUGUGCCCGUUUUGGCUCCACUUCCAAUUGGAUUUGCUGUAUUCAUGGUUCACUUAGCCACCAUUCCAAUCACUGGCACUGGCAUCAACCCAGCCAGGAGUCUAGGAGCUGCUGUUAUCUACAACCAGGACAAGGCCUGGGAUGACCAAUGGAUCUUUUGGGUUGGACCUUUCGCUGGUGCAGCCAUUGCAGCAUUCUAUCAUCAGUUCAUCUUGAGGGCUGGUGCUGUGAAGGCUCUUGGGUCAUUCAGGAGCAACCCCAGUACUGUUUAAGAAAAAUCCAUCAUCAAAAAAAGAAAUAAUAAUGAAGGAAGAGAGAGCAUAUGCAUGCAGCUGGUUGGCUGGUUUCUUUGUAGUGGUGGGUUAAAAAUCGAUGAAUGUGAAAGAGAGAGAAUGAAAGGAUUAUGUAAUUUGUAGAUAUAAAGUCUCUUUCAAAAGUGAGGCUUUUAUUAUUUUUACUGUUAUGUGGCAAUGAUGUGAUGGUUUUCUAGUUA